UAAAAAAUGGCGACAUCGGCAUUAGAACUUUUCCUGAUUGCUUUAGUUUACAUUGUACAAACAGAAACAAAUGCACAGGUCAUACCUCUUCCGGUAGAGCUUCACACCACUGUUUACUUACCAUGCAGCUGCCCUAUAUGUCCAGAAUCAACCUCUGGUGUUCAAUGGUACAGAAGCAGUAACCAAAAUACCUUUAUACAGGACGGAGAAGCACUUGCAUGGUGGUCUGAAGGAAUAACUGGUGGUUCACAGGGGUUUGGAAUCAAAGAUGACUUCUCCAUGACUAUAGUCAGUGUCAAUUUAAUCGACCAACACGAACAAGAGUUGUAUAGAUGUAUCGUUACUCCAUAUGGUGGUGCUGCUGAGUGUGAACAUGAUGUUAAACUGGAAUUAUAUGCCAAACCGGAAAGCUCUCCUGUGAUCAAGUACAUUCGGCAUAACAAUGGCUUCAACGUGACCUGCUCCAUAAGUAACGUCUUCCCGAUGACCUUCCCAAUAUUCACAACCAAAGAAGGGAAAAGAACUGCAUCUAACAACAGUGAUGGAACAUACAACACAGCUGUUACCCAUUUGUUUCCAGCUAACGAGAAGGAUACAACCAUAGAGUGCCUGUACUCAGCUUUGAACUUCAAGAGUAUAGCUUCCCUAGGCCUGUUUAUCGUUGACGAUGACAUCCUUGGUCAGCCUGAAGAUGAGAAUACGACGGAAAAGAACAAGACACGAGAUGUCACUCUAUGCCAGAACAAAGAUAAGAACAAGUUGCAAUAUUUUGAACACAUUUAUAGGAUAGAAGGUGACAACCUGGAGAAGAUCAUUACCCGAGGUCAUGUUGAGGGUCAACGGAGACGUUGCAAGCCAAAAGUUCGAUGGGCUGAUGGAAUAAAAGAGAUUACUGGCAUGAACAUCUGCACAGCUCAUCGCUAUACCCAGGACAGACGUGGUUGGAACGUAAUCAUUGAUAUGGUCACAAGCGUUAUUCAUGACUCGUAA